AUGGGCACUACGCCGUCUGGAGCUGCCACUCCCCGCGGACGCCAGGGCCCAUCAGGGCUAUCACUUCUCUUAGCUCGGCAGGUCCAAGACGAGUCCCCUGGAAGCUCGUCGACGCCGACUCCGACCCUGGAAUAUCCCAACGGACGUCUCCCCACUGACCCUGCUGGUGAUGUGUCCUUGGAACACCCCUCAGCAAGAUCUGCACUGUCUCCCGUUCGCUCCUUCGCGGGCGCUGCACAAGUCGACAGAGUCAGUGUGCAUUCCGAGACGACACCUCUGCUGGUAGAUCUGGAGGCCGCGCAUCACGGCAACGGCGGGCUCUUCCACCCCAGUUCCAAGGGCAAGGAACGUGCGAGUCGGCUAUUGUCCCUGCUGCGUCGCCCACCUGCACCACAUCUCAGCCUGCAUGCGGCGAAGGACACUGCAGUUAUUGCCGUGCAGUCGCUGCCGGCGGUGCUUCUGGGCACGUUGCUCAACAUCCUCGACGGCGUCUCCUAUGGCAUGAUCAUAUUCCCCGCGGCGGGGGUCUUCGUGGGGCUCGGCGGCACCGGGGUGUCGAUGUUCUUCGUCUCGGCGAUCAUCGCGCAGUUGAUAUACUCCGCCGGGGGAAGUGGCUUCGCGGGGGCGAAUGGCAGUAUGAUGAUUGAGGUUGUGCCCUUCUUCCACAUCCUCGCGAACAGCAUCGCGGAAGACAUUGGCGAGGAUAAUCCCCGCGCGGUUCUUGCGACCACCAUUCUGGCGUUUGCAUUCUCGUCUAUCCUCACAGGGCUGAUGUUCUUCCUCCUUGGCGCGCUGAGGCUUGGUUCACUGAUCGGUUUCUUUCCACGGCACAUCCUUGUUGGUUGUAUUGGUGGCGUUGGUGUCUUCCUAGUGAUCACAGGUUUCACCGUCAGUACAGGCAUGCCCGAAGAAGACUUUGACUUCUCGCUGGAGGCUUUGACCUACGUCUUUCUGACGAUCCGUAACGUCCUGCUGUGGGCACCCGCGCUCGCGUUGGCUGUCGUCCUGCGGCUGAUCACGCACAAGUAUGAGCACCAGCUCAUCUUCCCGAUGUACUUCCUUGCGGUUCCGGUGAUAUUCUAUAUCGUAGUCGCCGCUGCACACUUGAAUAUGGGUGCCCUUCGGGACAAUGGGUGGCUGUUCGAUAUGGGAACGUCUCGUGAGCCUUGGUAUCACUUCUACACAUUGUUCGACUUCAGAGCUGUCCAGUGGGACGCGUUCUGGGCCACUCUGCCGACGCAACUCGCUCUGCUGUUCUUCAACAUCUUACACCCUCCUCUCAACGUCCCUGCUCUAGCUGUCUCGUUGGAUCACGAUGUCGACACGAACAAGGAGUUAGUCGCUCAUGGCUACUCCAAUUUCCUUGCAGGCGCACUGGGUACAGUGCCCAACUAUCUCGUCUAUGUGAACACACUGCUGUUCUACCGAGUGGGUGGAACGACGCGUGUCUCAGGCUUCAUGCUUGCUGCCGCUACUGCGGUAUUACUCCUGAUCGGGACUGGACCUAUUUCCUAUAUCCCGGUCAUGGUCGUUGGCGCCCUCAUCUUUGUAUUGGGUAUUGAUUUAGUCAAGGAGGCCUUGUGGGACACUAGACAUCGUGUUAGUCGGAUGGAGUACAUUACGAUCGCCAGCAUCAUGAUCUGCAUGACUGUCUGGGACUUCGUGAUCGGUGUCAUCUUCGGUAUUGUCGUCAGCUGUGUGUUCUUUGUGGUACAGAGCUCACAACGAAAGAGCAUCCGGACGUUACACACCGGCGAGACCGUCAUGUCGACUGUGCGUCGGCCCGGUGCACAUCGAGCCUACAUACGCGAGGUUUCGAGGCAGACAUCCAUUGUCCGGUUACAGGGUUUCCUCUUCUUCGGCACGAUCACGCACGUCGAAGAGACAAUCCGGACGCUCGUCGAGGGCCCCGCCUGGCAGCGCAACCCCGUGCGCUUCCUCAUCCUCGACCUCAGCCUCGUCGCGGGCGUCGACAUGUCCGCGGCAGAGGCACUCGUGCGCGUGCAGCGUCUGCUGGCGUCGCGGCGCGUGGUUCUCGUACUCUGCGGGUUCUCGCUGGAGUCGAACGUUGGGCGUUCGUUGAGAAACGUCGAGCUUCUGGACACGGAGGGCGUGGAACUGUUUGCGACCUUCAAUGAUGCCUUGGAGUGGACCGAGAAUGUCUACCUGAGGACGUGGUUCAGCAGCCAAAAGACAGAGACUCAGGCAGUUGUGCUGCCUGGUCGGGAAGCCUCUAGUCUCGUGUUUGAGGAAGCCGUCGCCGCGACACCGAGAAACUUGCAGCUCGUCGAAGCCGGAUGGCGUACCAUUGCCCGAGAUCACUCCCCGCCAGAUGACGAAGUCGCGGAGGCACCCGAGCCCUACAACACCCUUGUCAAGGUGUUCUCCUCGUACGGGCCAGUCGACAGGGAUGGAUUUGCACCGCUCAUCCAAUGCCUCGAGCGCGUCUGCCCCGCAGAAGGCACGGUCCUCUGGCGGCAAGACGACGAGUCUGAUGGGCUCUACAUCGUAGAGUCUGGCGUGCUGAGGGCUACGUACCAGUUCGGCGAGCACACGCGCCCGACGGAAGAGUCCAUGGUCCCGGGCACGCUAGCCGGCGAGCUCUCUACCUUGAGUGGCUUGUCUCGCAACGCGACUUGCGUUGUGGAGCGGCAAGCAGUUCUGUGGAAGCUUAGCACCGAACAUCUGCGUCGGCUGGAGGAGGGGGAACCUAAGCUGGCGAGAGAGUUCACGAGAUUAGUGCUGAAGGCUGCAAAACUCGACUACGACACCCUCAUCGCCGCGCUCGCUACGCGGCAAUGA